AUCAGCUGUAGGAAAUGAUAUUUCGUUUCGGUCAUGUGCCCUGUAACAUCCAAUCAUAUGGCUCCUUUUCGUCAGGUAUCAUUUAUUCAUAAUUCAUGUAAUUUGUGUACUCCGGAAAAUCUGUAUUGAUAUUUUCAGGAUAAAGACAAGGACAUUUGUCAACGGUGGCUAUGGAUGACCAAAUAAUAGAUUUAGAAGAAAUCGUUGAAAAACAAGCAUGGGAUUUAUAUAUGAGCAGUAGGAAGAAAGGAUUUCCAAAGAAACGAAAAGAAUUGAAUUUAGUUUUUGACUGGUCUGGAGUGUCUUUUGUAACAGAACAGCCAACUUAUUCACAGACAGGAAACGCACAUUUUGAAUCGAACGUUAUAUUUAGGUCGGUCUUCGAAAAUCAAAGUGCUAAUAAGCAGGAACAUUCUCUUAAAGCAGAGCGCCAGACAGUUGCGGAAUGUAAAAGUACACUGUCAAAGGGCUACACGACAAGUUUAAAUAUGGGUCUAGAAAUAGGGGCACCAGAGGAAAUAGCAAAGGCUUCAAUAGGAUAUUCUAGAGGAUAUGAGGUGGUUAACGGUAGAGAGACCACUAACCAGAAAACAUUGACAUGGUCAAGUGAGGGAACACUUACUGUCCCAGAACAUUCAAAUCUGACAGCUGAAAUUCAUAUCAAGGAAAAGCAGUGUGGAUACACAUUUAAAUCUCGUACCGCCAUACGUGGAACAGUUGUAGUGAAUUUUUACAGUAGGAGGGACAAUAACAAAUAUCUAAUGGUAUUCACAGGAGAUAUGAAAGACGUUCUUUUAGAUGAUAAAACUAUACCGGACUUAAAGACCGAGGGACGGACAGUGUUUAUUGAUAUAGAGGGAAGCUGUGAUUUUAAGUUUGGGAUUGAACAACAGAUUGUUAUAUCGUAGAUUCAUAUCGUAGAUUCAUAUCUUUUUAUAUGCAUUUAUAAUUGCCAUCGUUGUGUAUCGAAGUGUUCAGGAAAAAUUUGACUUGAUUAUGAACCAGAGCUCUUAUACUAAUUCGGAGCCGACAUGCAUUUACUGUUGUAACCGGGCUGUGAUUUUCUAAUGACUUUAGUGAUCGUCAUGCAGACAUUUUUUUUACAAAUAAGUUUUACAUAUAUAUUAUUAUUAGGCUUAUAUUACUCAGUCUACCCAUAGUACCGUUUUCUAUAUAUAAAAAAUCA